GCGAGUGCGGGGGCUCCCGGGUGGAUGGGGGAUCGCGGAGUUGCGAGGCUCUCGCCGUCUCUGGAGAUUCGAGAGCCCCGAGGGGACUUGGAGGCUCGCGAGAAGAGACGCUCGGCGGAGCUCCGCAGUUGGGAGGAGGGGGCGGGAAGCAGUUCGAGGGGCACGUCUGAGAGGCGCUGCCCCCCAGAGCACCGGGAGGGGGUAAAUGACACAGGAGGAUCCCUUUUCCCCCAGAAAUUACUCAAUGCUGAAACCUCUCAAAGUGAUAUUAGAGACGUUGAAAGCGCCAUGGAUGGGUUUUAUGAUCAGCAAGUCCCUUUUAUGGUCCCAGGGAAAUCUCGAUCUGAGGAAUGUAGAGGGCGGCCUGUGAUUGACAGAAAGAGGAAGUUUUUGGACACAGAUCUGGCUCACGAUUCUGAAGAGUUGUUUCAGGAUCUCAGUCAACUUCAAGAGGCUUGGUUAGCUGAAGCACAAGUUCCUGAUGAUGAACAGUUUGUCCCAGAUUUUCAGUCUGAUAACUUGGUGCUUCAUGCCCCACCUCCAACCAAGAUCAAACGGGAGCUGCACAGCCCCUCCUCUGAGCUGUCGUCUUGUAGCCAUGAGCAGGCUCUUGGUGCUAACUAUGGAGAAAAGUGCCUCUACAACUAUUGUGCCUAUGAUAGGAAGCCUCCCUCUGGGUUCAAGCCAUUAACCCCUCCUACAACCCCCCUCUCACCCACCCAUCAGAAUCCCCUAUUUCCCCCACCUCAGGCAACUCUGCCCACCUCAGCGCACGCCCCUGCAGCUGGCCCUGUUCAAGGUGUGGGCCCCGCCCCCACCCCCCAUUCGCUUCCAGAGCCUGGACCACAGCAGCAAACAUUUGCGGUCCCCCGACCACCACAUCAGCCCCUGCAGAUGCCAAAGAUGAUGCCUGAAAGCCAGUAUCCAUCAGAACAGAGAUUUCAGAGACAACUGUCUGAACCCUGCCACCCCUUCCCUCCUCAGCCAGGAGUUUCUGGAGAUAAUCGCCCCAGUUACCAUCGGCAAAUGUCAGAACCUAUUGUCCCUGCAGCUCCCCCACCCCCUCAGGGAUUCAAACAAGAAUACCAUGACCCGCUCUAUGAACAUGGGGUCCCGGGCAUGCCAGGCCCCCCAGCACAUGGGUUCCAGUCACCAAUGGGAAUCAAGCAGGAGCCUCGGGAUUACUGCGUCGAUUCAGAAGUGCCUAACUGCCAGUCAUCCUACAUGAGAGGGGGUUAUUUCUCCAGCAGCCAUGAAGGUUUUUCAUAUGAAAAAGAUCCCCGAUUAUACUUUGAUGACACUUGUGUUGUGCCUGAGAGACUGGAAGGCAAAGUCAAGCAGGAGCCUACCAUGUAUCGAGAGGGGCCCCCUUAUCAGAGGCGAGGUUCCCUUCAGCUGUGGCAGUUCCUGGUCACCCUUCUUGAUGACCCAGCCAAUGCCCACUUCAUUGCCUGGACAGGCCGAGGCAUGGAGUUCAAGCUGAUAGAACCAGAAGAGGUUGCUCGGCGCUGGGGCAUCCAGAAGAACCGGCCAGCCAUGAACUAUGACAAGCUGAGCCGCUCUCUCCGCUACUACUAUGAAAAGGGUAUCAUGCAGAAGGUGGCUGGAGAGCGAUACGUCUACAAAUUUGUCUGUGACCCAGAUGCCCUCUUCUCUAUGGCUUUCCCGGAUAACCAGCGUCCGUUCCUGAAGGCGGAGUCCGAGUGCCACCUCAGCGAGGAGGACACCCUGCCGCUGACCCACUUUGAAGACAGCCCCGCUUACCUCCUGGAUAUGGAUCGCUGCAGCAGCCUCCCCUAUGCUGAAGGCUUUGCUUACUAAGUUUCUGAGUGGCAGAGUAGCCAAACCCUAGAGCUAGCAGUUCCCAUUCAGGCAAAUGAGGGCAGUGGUUUUGUUUGUGUUUUUGGCUGUUUCUAAAGCUUGCCCUUUGAGUAUUAUCUGGAGAACCCAAGCCGUCUCUGGAUUGGCACCCUUAAAGACAGAUACAUUGGCUGGGGAGUGGGAACAGGGAGGGGCAGAAAACCACCAAAAGGCUGGUGCCUCAACUCUGAUUCUGAUGGGUUUCUGGGAAGAGAUCAAAAUGGAGUCUCCUUACCAUGGACAAUAUAUGCAAAGCAAUAUCUUGUUCAGGUUAGUACCCGCAAAACGGGACACAGUAUGUGACAAUCUGCAUUGAUCAUGGACUACUAAAUGCCUUUAUGUAGAAGGGCUCUGAUUUGCACAAUUUCUAGAAAAAGAAAUCAUAAACCCAUAGAAAAGGGAGUAGGCUAAGUUGGGGAGGCUCAAACCAUGAAGGGUUAAAAAUAUAUCUUAAAAAUUGGAAAGCUCUUCUAGCUAAAUCUGAAAUGUUACCCCUUGUCUAGGAGAGCGGAGGGGGGGGGCAGUCAGAAUAGCUGUUCCCCACUCCGUGGUUCUCAAAAUCAUAAAACAUUGCUACUCUUGGGAACUGUCCGGCCAUGUGGUCGCCAAGUAGAGCAAGCACCCUUUCUCUUCCCAAUCACAUGGCUGAGUGCGGAUGACUUUUAUUUUAGGAGAAGGGCGAUUAACACUUUUGACAGUAUUUUGUUUUGCCUUGAUUUGGGGGAUUGUUUUGUUUUGGUGGUUGUUUUAGAAAAACAGUUUAUAAACUGAUUUUUGUAGUUUUGGUAUUUAAAGCAAAAAAAUACAAAAAAACAAAAACCUUUUGGUAACUGCACUGUGUCCUUGAACCAGGGCCGUGCUGACUUACGAAGACACUGCAGCUUGAGAGGGGCUUUGCUGGGGCUUCUCCUUGGCCAUGUGAAAGCCCGCCUUGUUGCCUGCUUUGUGCUUUCUGUACCAGACAACCUGAUGGAACAUUUGCACCUGAGUUGUACAUUUUUGAAGUGUGCAGGGCAGCCUGGACACAAGCUUAGAUUCUCUGUGUAUAGUUCCCCAUGUUCAUUAACAUGCCCUCUCUGGAAAGCAUAUGUAUAUAACAUGUGUCAUGUCCUUAGGAAACCUGGUCACCUGGUGAGAACUCUUGAGAUUCUUCCCUGGGCGUGACUGAUGACAAUUUCCAUUUCAUCAGUUUGUUUUGUUUUCCUUUUUCUUUAAAUCUUGGACUUUAAACCCUACCUGUAUGACUCAGUAGGGUUUGAGACUUAUGUGCGAUACUGACAGGUAAGCAACAGUGCUAGCAUUCUAGAUUCCUGCCUUUUAAAAAAAAAAAAAAAUUAUUCUCAUUGCUGUAUUAUAUUGGGAAAGUUUUAAACAACCAAGCUAAGGCUAUGUGAAAGUUGAGCUCAAGGGAGAGGAAAAGUUACUGGUGGUACCUUGCUGCCUGCCCUGCUGGUAGAAUUCUGUGCUCCCCACGACACUUAGCACAUUAAGAAUGACCACGCUGUUCCUCGUACGUGAUGGAGGCAGUGCUGACUCUGUGAGUGUGAGGCACAUGCUUUGAACUGCUUUUCUAUUAAUGGAGCACUCCAUAGUCCCAAACAGUCCCCCUUAUGACCGACAGCACAUUUGUGAAGCGGCUCGCAGGGAUAAGGGGUGCACUUUAUAGCUAUGGAAACAUGAGAUUCUCCUCUGUUGGAAGCUAAUUAGCCCACAAAGGUGGUAAACCUAUAGCUUGGGCCUUAAUUAGCACUGUACUCUAAUCAAGGACUCUUUCUAAACCAUAUUUAUAGCUUUCUUAACCUACACAUAGUCUAUACAUAGAUGCAUAUUUUACCCCCAGCUGGCUAGAGAUUUAUUUGUUGUAAAUGCUGUAUAGAUUUGGUUUUCCUUUCUUUACUUAUCCUGGUUUGGAUUUUUUUGAAUGGAUUUAUGCUGUCUUAGCAAUAUGAAAAUAAUCCUCUGUAGCCUGAGCUGCCCCUCCCCUGCUGUAACUGCGUGGCCUGUGCUGUCACCAGCACGGGACCGCGGCUCACCAUUGCAUUCCCAUUGGACUCAUGCGCCUCCCGGAUGGUUUUUGUUUUUUUCGGGGGUUCUUUGGGGUUUGUUUGUUUGCUUUUUUUCCAGAGUGUGGAAAGUCUACAGUGCAGAAAGACUUUAACCUGCCAGUUGAUUUGAAAUACUUUCCCCUGCGCAGGGCCGUAUGCAUCCUGCCAAGCUGCGUUAUAUUCUGUACUGUGUACAAUAAAGAAGUUUGCUUUUCGUUUACCAA